AUGUCGCGCCGGGGCUUCCCGCCAAUCGCGGCGCCGGCAGCGGGUCUCGUUGCCCUGCUGCUCGUCGCAACUGCAGCUGGCGGUGUGCGCGGAUCGGGCGGGAAUGCGGCGCCCCGCAAAUUGGCAGCGGGCGGAGGCGGAAACAGUCCCGCGACGGCGGCGAAACCCGCGGAGGAGCCCGCGGCAGAGCUAGUGAAGGAUUUCCCCCGUGCUUCCGCAGAGGGAGACGGGUUUGUCGUGAAGGAUUCCGCGCCUUCCGCCAGUGGCGGGCGGCGCGUGGUGCGCGACUCCCCACGGCUGCGCAUACAGGGCGCACACGCGCCUGGGGUCCACGGACCACGUGCUUUCAGGAUGGUGAGAGUGGGGAGGGUGAGGGGAAGGCAAGUGGCGGACCUGCUGGUGAAGCACCUCAUGGAGAAGAAGGGGCUUGGUCACGCGGACAGGCGUGCUGCUCACCUGCUUGUAGCGCAGCGAUCAGCCGAGGCAGACUCUGUCCUUCCUUCAUGGCAGGAAUUUCACUGGAAGCCGCUAGAACUGGAAGCCGCUGGAAGCCAUUUCUUCCCCCUUUCGUCCCCGCUUGUGGUGGUGUCGGGGUGUUCAGCGGGAGAAGUGGCGGCGCUGCUGCACUGCGAUCGAGUGAAGGACACUCUCACAGCCGCCUCUCCCUCCAUGCGAGUGUGCUGCCUUGCUGAUUCAUCCAUGUUCCUCGACGUUCCAGACGUCAACAACACCAGGAGGGUUGCCAACUUCUUUGCUGAAGUGCACAACAUGCAUGUGAGCAAGUCAGAGCAUGCAUGUGAGCAAGUCAGGAGAUGCAAGUUCACACCUACCCAUACCUGCCGUCCUUCUCACUUCUCUCUCCCUUCCACUUUCUCUCCUCCCUUUCCCUCCUCCUUGUUCUCUCCCUCCCUCUCCCCCAUGGCUCCACUCCACCCGUCCAGAAUCUGA